CCUGCUACAUAUUUCACGACGUGGAUAAAAUCCCUAUGAACAAUUCACUGCUCUAUAGAUGUCCGCCUGGCAGAGUUCUUCAUUUUGCCUCCGCUGAGGAUAGGUUUCAGUACAGGCUUCCCUAUACAAACUACAUCGGAGGAGUUAUUGGAUUCACUCCUGACACAUUCAAAAAGAUAAAUGGGUUUGCUAAUAACUACAUAGGAUGGGGUGGUGAUGACGACGACAUUUUUCUAAGGAGUGUAUAUCAAAAGGUUCCUAUUGAGCAUGCCAACAAUCGUUUGGGCGUGUACAGAGUUUUAAACCAUCCGCGGUUGCCUGGUGACGUAUACAUGGAAAAAGGUCCCAUGCUCCAGUUUGCACCGAAACUGUAUAGGCACUACGGGCCUUGGGACAGUGGACUUAGUACGUUGAAUUACACCCUAUUAGCAACAGAGUAUCGACCAACAUACACUUGGAUCAAAUUUAAUGUUGAUCAGACCAGCAUGAUGAAGAACGUGUGGAAAGGCAUAAUGGACGCCAGGUUUGACAGAACGGCCAAUAGUACAUACUGGAAAAUUAACGAGCAACGGGCUUUCCAAAUGUUUCCGAAAACUGAGUGGAAAGGCGGAAAGGGGAGGUAGAAAAAACAGAAAACAAAGAACCCUAAUUCUCACGUACAUUAUAUUACAAAUGACUUCUUGAUCUUCCCGUCUGACAAUGUUCUUUCAGUUUAGAACAUCACUAAAAGAUGCUGUCCUUUAAAUGCUAAGGCUGGAUAUUUUUAGACCUUUCUCUUUUUUUUAACCAGUUCGAAAACUACUUCUUUCAAAGGGUCCAAAAGGUUUCUAAGGAAUUUUUAUCCAUCUGUUUUUGCUCAUUUUAACAAAAGAAAAAA